ACGUCCAUUCGUUUCGUCGGCGAUCGGCGACCGAACUGCUGCUCUACCUCGUCUCCCGUCAUCGUCGUUACCCCGAUUCUCCAUGGAAGUUCUCUGAUCAGAAGGUGGACCGCACUGCUACUGCGACCUUCAUCAACCUUCUGUAGGCAUCUACCUACCGGAGGAGUCGUCGGCCGACUCUCGGCCGAUUCCCUUUUUUUUUCUCUUCCAGAAUGAGCGAAGGGACGCAGAAGCGGAACACCGAUUGCGUCUUCUACCUGGCCUCGCCUCUCACCUGCAAGAAGGGGCUUGAUUGUGAGUACCGUCAUAAUGAAAUCGCGAGGCUGAACCCAAAGGAUUGCUGGUAUUGGUUAGCUGGAAACUGUCUUAACCCUACUUGUGGCUUCAGACAUCCUCCACUGGAUAAACUUUCUGAAGUAUCAUCUGAAUUACAUAUGCCACCUGCAAAUAAGAUCAGCACUCCUUGUUACUUUUACUAUAAUGGGUUCUGCAACAAAGGUGACAGUUGUACCUAUUCUCAUGGAUCUGACUGUGGUAGAUGUGCCGCGGUAUCUUCAAAAGAAAUAUUGAAAGUAAACAAUGCUCCUUUCUUAGAUAAGAAGGCAUCCACUGGGGAUGGACAUGAUGCCAAUUUAUCUUCGUGUAAAGAAUCUAGAAUGACAAAAGUGACACCGUCAGAAUGGAGGAUCACUGAUAGAGAUGAUUCUGCAUCAGCACCACUGGAGGAACAUCUCAAUUUGUCGGGAACUUCUCCAGCAGCAGGGAAUUUGAGUUGUCUAUAUAAGGAAGAAAUCCAAAAUGUAUUGAUUCAAGAACGCUUACAGCUGAAUGACUCUCCCCAGGAUUCCGUGUCUGAAUGUGAAGAAGAUGCUGAAACUGGGUCUGAAUAUAUGCCUACUGCAGAAGGUCUUACUCAAAGCAGGUCGCAUAGGUACCCAGAUUAUGGUUCAGAGGGACAAGUGGAAGACCAUGUUGUGAGAGAGGGAUACUGGGAAUCGCAUAUCCUGGUGAAUGGCGGAUCCAAGAGCUUGGCCGUCCAGGGUAAUCAAAAGUGUUUCCUGGAACUUGAUCCACAGUAUAGGCAUUUCGAUAGCCAUGUCUCUGACUAUGAUUUGGGUGUUUCAUCUGAGCAUGAACCCAUGUAUUCCGAUGCAGAAAAUUUAUGUGAAUAUGAAACUUAUGAUUCUGACAAUGACUCACAUUUUGACCGUAGUUCUAAUGAUGUCCGAAGUUUAUCUGUCCGGUUUAGGGAGACUGCCUCAGAUGUUAUGUUCUCACGUGAAAGAGAGAUGCCGCGCGUGGAACUCACACAUGAUGACCGCCAUGAUUUGGAUCUCUGUAGGCCCCUUAGGGAAAACAAUACAAUUGGUUCAUUUUCCCGUAUACCUAGAAGGCAUGGCUCAUUUCAUCUGGGUGUUCAUAGACAGGAAAGGCUUGUGCUGGGUCGGAGGAUGCAGGGGAGAUUAGCAUUAGUAGGGAAGAAUGCCAUCGAAUCAUUUCGAGACAAAGAAAAGUUUCCUGAUGGCUUUAGAAGGCAUGGUUGGGUCAGGCACAGAGAAAUGGUUAAGUUUAGGGCACACUGUAAGGAGAAAAGGCUGCCUAAAUGGUCGACUCAAACAACCAAAGCUUCAAGAAAACCACUUUCAAGGUGGCGGCAAUCUGCUGUGGACUCUGCUUCUUUUUCCAGUCCCAAGACUCUUGCACAGAUCAAAGAAGAUAAGAGGAGAGCUAAAGAGAUUCGGGUUCUGUCAGAUGUUCUGUGCAUUGCUGUGAUUCUGAGGUUGCUGCAGAAGAUGAAUGAGAACCCUUUUCCAAUUUUUUGGUAAGUGAAAAGUUGGGAAAAAAUGGUCUUUAAGUGAAGCAUUCAGCAGCUCAACCCGGUAAUUUACCAGAUCUUGCGUGCAGCGCUUAUCGCGAAUCGCUUAUUUGCUGUCAAGUGUCUCGUCUCUGUAUCGAAUUUGCCUCUAGGUAACAUACGUCUAUUGCGCUGACUCGUAUUGACAGGAUACGUAUUGAUGUUCGACUUCCUUUGAUGCCUGUAUUGCUUUGCCACUGAAUGUUUGCUAGAUCAGAUGAGAAUUUCACUGUGAGGGAUUGCUCAGUGAAUCGUCCAAAUAUCUAUAUGAGCAUCUGAAGGCCGUUCGUGAAUAUGAAAGAAUUACACCUACACCUUAUUUGUAGAAUAGUAAAUCUUUAAUAGAUUGAUGCGAGUCUGGUGGUUUCUCUGUGUCCAUCUC